AUGCUUUUGGUAGCGGCCUCCUGGGCAAGAUGUUUGGAGGAAACUGGUUCAGCAGCUCCAAGACCAAGGAGAACAACAGGCGGGGGAGUGCCCCUGCCAAGCAGUCCUCGUGAAGUCCCGCUCAAGGCUCCGUGGGGUCUGUCCUCACCCCGCGGGGCCACGCCCCACCUAACUCACGCCUCGGCUCAGCUGAGGGCGGCGCUGCGCUUUUUUGUGGCGCCCUGCUCUGCCCUCUUCCGUCCCGCCCCGCCCCGCCCCACCCACCUCGCCUCAACCCGCUUCAGCGAGAGCAGAGGUACGGACCGAGGCUCGGAGGGGCUGGACAUCAUCAUUCAUCACCGACGUCACCAGAUGUCUUCAUCGUCAUAGAUUGUCACUUCAGACUUCUGGCUAUCGAUAUAUUUUGCUGCUAUAAUUAUUUCUUUCAGUAUUUGGAGCACUUUGUAUUUUUCUAAGUUAAGUUACGUCAUGUAGAAAGAUUUAAAUUGCGUAGAGAGCUAGACUGAAGGCGCCCUCCGUGUGCAGGGUAAGCCAAGGUCAGCUUAACAUUGUAACCUCCCUCAAGUCCUCGCCUUCACACGCCCGCGGGUCCUCCAGGCGGGUCUGGGUCACAUGUGGUUUGAUAAAGGUACCAGUGACAUCAGUAGGGAUGUUACAGCACCUCCAUGAAGUGUUGUCCCGGAGUACUGAAGCGUAGGUGACAAGACAAGACUCCCCCAGCUUUGUAGAGAAGCCGAGGGAGGUAGGGGAGGUCGGAGCCGCCUCGCCCCAGUACGGCGUGUUACUGUAGAGCAACACGCCGAGACACGAGGCACCAGAUGGCUAGCACACGCCUCCGAGGCCAGCCACCGCUCACCGGAUCGUUAGUGAAGCGAAGUUAUCUGUCCCAGAGACGACACGCCACGCGUCGCUUCACAGAUCCAGUUCAACAAGCAGAACCAGACAUACAGUGUGACAGUAGCGCCGCACCAUCACCGAAAGGCAGCUGCUGGUGGGGACCGUUGUGCCUAGUCGGUGUCGGGGGAGCCUCCAGCGCUCGCCAGUGUCACCUUCACCUCUUCGAGCCAAUCAGAGGUGCCCUUGGUGGCGCCCUGAAGACUUGUGGAAUCGCUGCACCUCACAUCCUAGGUGACCUUAACCGUCUGUGUGUGUGUGUGUGUGUGUGUGUGUGUGUGUGUGUGUGUGUGUGUGUGUGUGUGUGUGUGUGUGUGUGUGUGUGUGUGUGUGUGUGUGUGUGUGUGUAUACCAAGUUCAAAUGCAUAAAUGCCCCACCUGCUAAGAAUGAAAGGAGGAUCGUCUAAGUCUACGAAGAGUUACGUUACUCAUUUGCUAUUUAAAAUGGCCUCAUCAGCCCAUACAGAGAAACGAGGCCAGGAGGUUUACUGUAAUAAGACUCGCUGCCGAUCCCGCGUGGGGCAGGACAUAUUGGGACGGAGGUAUUGAACAAGUGUGUAUUUAGAAGAAAAAAGAAACCAAUGAACGUAAGUUUCACCGUUUUUAUAUCUACUACUAACUGUAUAACCCCAUUAUAUAUAUAUGUAUAUAUAUAUAUAUAUAUAUAUAUAUAUAUAUAUAUAUAUAUAUAUAUAUAUAUAUAUAUAUAUAUAUAUAUAUAUAUAAAUCCCAAAAUUUUCUACUUAGUUAUUGUCAAAAUGUGAAGGUUUCCAUUAUAUAUUACACCCCCUUCUCCUGCCACAUUAACCCCCUUCCCACGCCCCCUUUAGAGGUCUAUAUGGAAAAAAAAUACGCCAGUUUUGUAGGUUAUCUCGUUGAAUUUUCCCAAGUCUCCUAAUUGCUUAUAGGACGCCGGAGUCUCGCGGGAGGCUGGAGAGAUAUACUGUAUAGUUAUGUCCUAGAAAACAGCUCCUGUCAGGGACCCUCGGCAGUAGAGUCCGUGACCUGGGCGGGUCUUUAUAUAGCAGAGCGUCAGAUGGUUUAAAAGUGACGCCUUCCUUUCAUAGUGCUCUUAAGUAUGCGUUCCGGAUGGUCUUUAAGUAUGUUCCUGGUGGCCUUCAGUAUGUGUCCGGUUUAGUGUGUAUCCGGUUGCCCUUACGUGUAUAUGCCGGAUUCCUUAAGUGUGUUCCGGAAGUGAUAGUCGCCAUACCUGGUUACCUACAGUUCAUGUUAGUUAUCUGAGGCUUCACCAGGUACUCAAUAAGUUCUUUUUAUAAUGAUAUAAUAAAGAGAUAAUUAAA